AUGACCUCGCGAAGACCGCCUGCCACCGCCACGAAUGCUGUUGCCAACAACGACUACCCAACACCAAACUAUACUCUUGACGACGAGCAGCUGCUCGCAAUCUCUUCUUCCCUCGUCCUAGACUCUCCCGCCGACAUGCAGCCCCAGCGUACCAGCAACCUCGACGACGUCCCUGAAGAAGACGGCUCAACUACAGAAGGCGCAAACUCGACAGGAUCAGGUCCAUAUGGGAACCCCAGCGCCGCAAACUCGUCUUCAACCUUCCACCAAGGCCAGGGUGGAGGGAGCGGGACGUCCACACCGACCAUCCCGCCACAGAUAAUCGCACCCGGACCAGGACACCAGCCCUCUUCAUCUUCUUCUUCGACAUCGUCCUCGAGAGCCCGCAAGGCGCCCAGUGUGCGGACUUUAGGCAGGCCGUCUAAUGACCACCUACAGCCAGGGUCUUCCGGUGGGGGUGGGGGAAGUGGAACUGUGAGAAGGACCGCGUCGUCGGCGUCCUCAAAGGCUGGCCGGAGUUCCAGCUCUGCGCAUCACCAACUGAACCGAUACAGGAGCACACCGCGACUGCCCCACGAUAAAGACAUUGCACCAGCACCGGCGACAGGGAUGUAUUGGAGUAAAGCACCAGUGUGGGGGACGCUGCCUUCGCGGACCCUCCGUGCGCAUACAGCGACCCUAAUCGACAACACUGCCUGGAUCCUUGGAGGCAGCGACGAUAAAGACAUCUCGAAGGAUAUCUACUGUUUCGACACAGGCAAGUCCUCUUUCACCUGUUCCCCCUUUCCUUUUCCUCACAGAUUGCAUAAAGAAACUUUACAAUGGACGCACCCAGAUACAUUAGGAGAAGCACCACCACCUUGUCGAGCACACACAGCAACCCUCAUCGACAAGAAGAUCGUCAUGUAUGGAGGUGGAAUCGGAUCGAUAUACUACGACGCAGUCUACAUCCUCGACACAACCACAAGAACAUGGACCAGACCCCACAUCCUCGACGGACCUCAACCUACAGGCCGACGUGCACACACCGCAGUCUACUACAAGAACAAAGUAUGGGUAUUUGGAGGAGGAAAUGGGCUGAUGGCCCUAAACGAUGUAUGGACACUGGAUUUGGGUCCAGGGCAGAAUGGGUACCCGGAUAGCGAUGGCAAGCGAGGCCUACGAUGGGAAGAACAGCACACGACAGGCAAGAAACCCGGUCCUAGAGGAUACCACUCUGCAUCACUCAAGGGCAACACCAUGGUCGUCGUAGGAGGGAGUGACGGGAAAGAAUGCUUCACGGACAUUUGGCUUCUGAACCUAGAUACUCUCGCUUGGACGAUAUGCAAACCGCAACCCCAGCAACCGCUGUACAAACGGCUCUCACACAGUGCGACCCAAGUUGGGUCCUACCUUUUCCUCAUCGCAGGACACAAUGGCCAAGAAUACUGCUCCGAAAUUCUGUUCCUCAAUCUUGUUUCCCUCCAAUUCGAACCUCGCAUAAUCUACGGCAAACCACCGAGCAUACGAGGAAACCACGCAACUGUCCUCGCAGAUAGUCGGAUAUUCCUGUUCGGCGGGUUCAACGGUCAAAUGAGCUUUGACGACGUUCACAUCUUGGAUUUGGCAGCCGGAGCCUACCUACCACAGGUGACAGAGUUCGAAAUCAACGCCAUUGGAAAUGGGCUAUGAUGCUAAUUGCAUUAAUUGUAAUUUAUCAUGCCUACCCGCCAUGUCAUGAUGAAGUAGUAUCACGGUCGAAUACAACAGAUGGAACACUCUAUACCCUCCGGCAAAAUUCUAGGACGGUUUCCGUUGCGAUCGAUAUAACCCUUUUGUACACCUUACACCUAGGCUAUGCUAUAACCCGUACACAAGAGACUCGAGAGCAAUAAAACGUAAAUCCAAAAAGUAC